UCGUAUAAAAACGCCGACCGAGCGGACUGAUGGCACACUCGAUCCAAAACUACCACGAGAAACAAUGAGGUGCUUCGCGAUUCUGCUGUUGGCAACCGCCGUGUUGGCGACUGAGAAGUCGGGAAACCCGAAGAAUCACGACAAACGGAGUGUGGCGGGUGAUCACGCUUACGGUCUAGGCGGUAUCACGAGCUACGGUUUAGGCGGUACCUCGGGUUACGGUUUAGGCGGUACAUCGGGUUACGGUUUAGGCGGUAUCUCGGGUUACGGUUUAGGUGGUAUCUCGGGUUACGGUUUAGGCGGUAUCUCGAACUAUGGUUUAGGAUAUGGUCUGGGAGGAUACUCGACUGGACUCGGCACGAAGGGAUUCGGAUCGGGACUCUCAGGGAUCACCGUGGGUAAUAACCUCGCUUCCACCUAUGCUCCUGGACUAGGAUAUGGACUAGGAGGUUCUUACGGAGGUUACUAUGGAGGUUACAGUAGCCCUGCCCUCAUCGGUGCUGGUCACGCUACCGGAUUCAAUGCAUUACCCAGCUUGGCGCAUGGUAAAACUGAGCGCAUCACCGGUCUUACUGUGCACCGCGAAGUCCAAGUGCCAGUCCCAGUGCCGCAGCCAUUUCCAGUCGAAGUAACCAAACACGUACCCGUCGCACAACCCGUAGCUAUCAAAGUAAACCGUCCCUACCCCGUUCCAGUAGCGCAACCAGUACCUGUCCCUGUCACUCGUCACGUAGCCGUAAAGGUUGACCGUCCCUAUGCCGUUCCGGUAGCGCAACCCCUCGAAGUACGCGUACCACAACCGGUGCCGGUUCCAGUAUCGCAGCCGAUCCCCGUUCCAGUUUCCGUCACGAAACACGUGCCGAUCUCCGUGCCAUCUACCAUUGCAGUCGCACCAUCGACUAUUGGCAUCGCGACUGGAAUUGCGCCUACUGAAUAUGUUGGUCUAGGAUCUGGCAGUCUGGGAACCAUCUCGGGCACGACUCUGGGUACCGAACUGACUACCGAUCAUCUCGCCAGCGGCUUGAACAGCGGCAUCAUCUCAAGCGGUUUCACCAGCGGUCUCGCUAGCGGUGCGGAACAUAUUGGAUUCAAUAGCGGCGUGGAGCAUGUUGGAUUCAGCAGCGGCAUAGUACCAACAUUGGGAUCGACUGGCACGUUUUUAGCGUCUCACGACACUCUCAGUGGCGAAUAUCCAUUGAAGAAGUGGUAAACUCAACUCGACAACUCGAUUGGACGUGUGUCUUUUAAAGCGCUUCUCGGGCGUAAUUUACGGAUCGAACGUGCACAAAUACCAAUUGUGUUAUGUACGUUGUCGAAUAAAUUUAUUUUUAUACACAUUAUCUCACACGAUCGUUAUUUAACUGUAUUAUAUUGCAGUUAUGCAAUUAUAUGGUUUUCUUUCACUUUGAGAUAACCAUUGAGAUCCUCAAUAUUCUUUAACAUUUUACAUCUUUUUGUUAAAUAAUUAUGAUUACCAGAGAUCUGAAUAAUUAUCUUCUUUAUACUACAAUUUCUCCUAUCUCUCGAUACAUCUUUGAUAGGAUUUCUCCUAUCUUUGAUAUAAUUGUUUUA